AUGUCAGAAUUUGUAUCAGAAAAGAGCCCAAACGGCAUUGAGUCAACAGAUGUUGACUCUCGAGAUGAGACAUCCAGGUUGGACGCGGCAUCUGUGCGCCGUCUUGUUCGCAAGACUGAUCUCAUUCUGAUGCCAAUCCUGUCGUUGGCGUAUUAUACACAUACACUUGAUCGUGCCAAUCUUGGGAAUGCGAAGACGGCAGGCAUUGAAGCCGACCUUGGCAUGGUGGGAAACCAGUACAAUCUACUACUCGUCGCAUUCUACAUUACAUAUUCAUUGAUGAAUAUCCCAUGGACGAUCACGGCGAAGAGAUACAAUCCGGCUGUUAUCAUGCCCAUUCUCAUAGCCGGAUGGGGUACUUGUACCCUUGCCAGUGUAGCCUCGAGAAACUUUGGCGACUUCGUAGCUUGCAGAACACUCAUGGGUGUUUUUGAAGCUGCCUUUCUUCCUUGUGCGGUGUAUUACUGCUCCUUGUUUUAUACGAGACGCGAACUUGGAUUCCGAACUGCCAUUUUCUACCAAAUGGGUGUCAUUGCCUCAGCUACGAGCGGAUUAAUCUCUUGGGGUGUAUUUCAGUGGCAUAAAUCACUCAAGGGCUGGCAAUACCUAUUUAUUAUCGAGGGGUCCAUAACCAUUGGCAUCGCGGUGGUCCUUCUUUGUGUCUUGCCAAGAAGCCCAGAAAAGUGUCGCUGGUUUUCCGAAGAGGAGAAAGCACUGGCCGUGUAUCGAUUGCAGCAAGACUCGCAAGACGAGGAUAAGAAGCUCAGAGCUUCUGAUGUAAAGAAACAGCUCCUCCAUGGCCCUUCGUGGGUAUUCGCAGCUCUCGCUUUCCUUCAUGGCGUCGGUUUCUCGAGCUCGUCCAAUUUCUUGCCUGUCAUCAUUAAAAGGCUUACACAGGAUACCGCCAAGGCCAACCUGUACACCAUCGGCCCCAAUUUAUCUUCAGCAGUCGUAUUGUUAUCUUCUAGCUUCCUAUCUGAUCGGUACGCCCAGAGAGCCCUCUAUGCCAGCGGCACUCUUGUCGUGUCUCUAAUUGGUUUUGUGCUCCUCGGCACCUUGGACCUCGUCAACUUGGUGGAAGUCGGAUACUUCCUGACAUUCCUCCUGACCUUUGGGGUAUUUACUCCGGGACUUCUCACUCCCGUGUGGCUUUCCUCCAACAUUCCAACUACAACUGGGCGAGCCGUGGCACUGGGGAUGAGCUACAUGUCCCAGAACCUGGCUGGAAUCGUUUCCUCACUCAUCUUUCGGAACCAAGAUGCACCGGUUUAUCGCCCGGCGCUUAUUACCGCUGCGGUAUGCCAGGCUGGUUAUAUUGUGUUGUCCUUGGUGUUGAGACAGUACUACAUACGCAUUAAUCGCAAGCUUGACUCUGGUGAGCUUCCACACGCGGAGGGGAUGGAAAACAACAAGGAGUAUAGAUAUGCGAUAUAG